AUGAACAACCUCACAGCUGUGACAGAUUUUCUGCUCCUGGGCUUUUCUGAUAUCCAGGAGCUGCAGUUGCUGCACGCCAGUCUGUUCCUGCUGAUUUACCUCGCAGCACUUGUGGGAAACCUGCUCAUCGUGCUGGUCACCACCUUGGACCAGUAUCUGCACAUGCCCAUGUACUUCUUCCUGAAGAACCUUUCAUUGGUGGAUCUGUGCUACCUCUCAGUCACUGUACCCAAGUCCAUCCACAACUCCCUCACUCAUAGCAGCUCCAUCUCUUAUCUUGGCUGUGUGGCACAAGUCUAUUUCUUCUUUGCUUUUGCAUCUGCAGAGCUGGCCUUCCUCACUGUCAUGUCCUAUGACCGCUAUAUUGCCAUCUGCCACCCACUCCACUAUGGAGCUCUGAUGACCUCAGGAAAAUGCCACCAAAUGGCGGCCAUCGCCUGGCUAAGUUGCUUUUCCUAUGCUGCUGUCCACACAGGCAACAUGUUUUGGGAGCGCAUUUCCAGAUCCAACAUGAUCCACCAGUUCUUCUGUGACAUCCCUCACGUGCUGGUCCUUGUUUCCUGUGAGGUUUUCUUUGCAGAGUUUGUGACCCUGGCUCUGAGCGCAUGCUUGGUGCUGGGAUGCUUUGUCCUUAUGAUGAUCUCCUAUUUCCAAAUCUUCUCAACAGUAUUCAGAAUCCCUUCAGCAGAGAGUCGAGCAAAAGCCUUCUUCACCUGCUCCCCACAGCUGGUUGUCAUCAUGCUCUUUCUUACCACAGGGCUCUUUGAAGCCUUGGGACCAAUUGCAAAAACGUCGCCCAUUCAAGAUCUUGCAAUUGCUCUGGCAUACACAGUCUUACCUCCCUUCCUGAAUCCCAUAAUAUAUAGUCUUAGAAAUAAGGAGCUCAAAACAGCUAUGUGGAGAUUAUUUGGGAAGACUUAUCUUCUGCAAAAGUAG